AUGGAGUUCCGUCAAAUCGUCCACUUGGUCUCUCGCUCGACCGCCAUGACGGCGGCCAGGCCGUAUAUCCUGACGGGGACGCGGCUAGCCGUCCAGCGGCACCGGCAGUUCUCGUCCAGCGGUCGGUUGCUCUCCUCUGACGAGACCCCCGUGCCCGAGUCCAGCACGCUGGCUGCCCAGUCCAAGCCGCAGUCCCCGUCGCAGUCCCAGUCCCAGGCGCAAUCUCAGAUCGACCAGCUACGCUCCUCCAUCCCGAGCAUCAACUCACUACCCCCGCGCCCACCACCGGUUCGCAAGACCAACUUCUUCCUGGACUCACAACCGAAGAAGCCGAUUCCGACAGCGACAACAACCCAGUCCCAACUCCAAUCUUCCCUCUUCAGUUCCCCCAGUAGCCCCUUUGACCUGGUCAACCAGAUCAACUCCGAUAUGAACAGCUCAACAUCCAGCUUGACAGUCUGGAACGAGCAGGACUUCCUCCACAAGCACAACCUGAAGCCAUAUCCCGAAAUCCGGACGCGCCCCCCGACAGGAAGAACGGUGCCAGUUGAUAAGGGUGUAGACUUGGCUCGCGCGUUUCGCCUCCUGGGCCGUUUGGUCCAACAAAACAAUGUUCGCCGGGAUUUGUACCAGCAGCGCGAGCACGAACGGAAGGCUCUUAAGAUCAAGCGCUUGCGCCGUGAGCGUUGGCGUGAGAGGUUCAAGAACGGUUUCCGUGCCGCUAUCGACAGGGUGCUGCAGCUCAAGGCUCAAGGGUGGUGA